AUGUGGAACUAUAGGCACGACUAUAAAUGGGAGCUGCCGAAUGUCUCAGCAUCAUCUGCAACGAUGAACGGUUUCUACAUUCUACUCGCUCUCGUAGUCAUCUUCACUCAGAGUUCCAAUGCAAGCUUUGAUCACGACCACUUCGGAGAUUUCGACCAUUUCGACCACGGUCAUGGCCUCUCUCAUCACUUCCCAUUCCAUUCCUUCUGGGGCGGAUUCGGACACCUAGGUGAUGACGUGUUCCCGUUCAAAAACCGCAAACACGCAGCAAGGAAGAACAUCAAGCACAAGAAGGCGAACAAGAACAAGCACUAA